AUGUUUGAACCGGAGCUCUCAGCAGAAGAGUGUGGGGAAAAGGUGGCAUCUGUUCUGCCUGAAACUUGCAUACAGCAUUUGGAAAGCAAUGAUUGGAAAGAGAGGAUUUCCAGCAUGGAUAUCCUUCAAAAGACUGUCGGUGAGUUGAAGAAAAGCGAGAUACCAUGCCAAGCCCUGGUGAGACUGCUGUCACAAGGACGCAAGGAAACAAAGCUCCAGGUGAUGGAGAAGAAACUUCACACCAUCACCUUGCUGGCCCAGAAAGGGGACUUCUCCAGAACAUCUGCUCAAAUUGUCCUGGAAAAUGUGGUGGAAAUGGUGGGAGAUGUGUUGUGCAGCAACAAUGCUCAAGGAGCCCUGACAGCUAUAGCAGAGGCAUGUUCAUUGCCUUGGACUGCAAAGACCGCUAUGUUGUUGGCCUUCUCACAGAAUAACUCCAGGAUCCAUUCCAAGUUCUUGGACUGGCUGUCAAAUGCAAUUCUGGAGUUUGGCUUUGCAGGGAUGGAGGCCAAGACACUGGUCAAUACCCUGAAGAUCGCUCUUGCUGCUGUUCACUCAGGUGUGCAGAGAUCAGCCAUCACUUUGCUGGGCGUUAUUUACCUGUACAUGGGAGACUCACUGAGAGCACUGAUUGAGAGUGAGGAGCUGCCCCUUCUUCCCCAGAUACAUGCUGAGUUGGAGAAGCUGCAUGGACAGGUCCCACCAAUUCCCAGUCGUGCCAAUCCCAAGCCUUGCCCAGAUGACAGGGCCCAGGAGGACCCAGGGGAACACAGAAGGACUGAAGCCAUAGACAUUGGUGACAGGAUCACACCAGAGCUGGUGUCAAAGCUGCAGGAGAAGAACUGGACCAUUCAGAGGGAGGGCCUGGAAGAGGUUGCAGGCAUCAUUCAGGAUGCCAGAUUCAUCCAGCCUAACAUAGGAGAGCUCCCAAGAGCCCUGAGGGCUUGUCUCUGCGACUCGAACCCCACCCUGGUACAGAUGGCCCUGAGGGUCCUCCAGCAACUGUCCAUAGCCAUGGGCUCAAACGUCAAACGGCACAUGAAGGACUUGGGCUUUCCCCUCAUUGCUCUGUUUAGGGAAAGCAAAAGCAGCAUGAGAGCUGCUGCCCUGGCUGCUGUGAACGCCUGGGCUGCACAGAUCAACAUAUUGGAGUGGCUGGAUGGGCAGGACAUUUCAGAAGGUCUAGGUGAAGAAAUGCCUUUACAGGAGCAAGAGCUGGUGCAGUGGCUGGCUGAACAGCUGCCAACCCUCAAGUCAGCUCCCUCGGACCUGCUUCGGUGUGUGCCUCACCUCUACUCUUCCCUGCAGGACAGCAACAGGGAUGUGCAGACAGCCUCACAGGCAGCCCUGCCAUUCUUCAUAAUGCACCUUGGCUUUGAGAAGAUGACCGAAGCCACCAGUGCGCUGAAGGCAGCUGUAAAGGACCACGUACUUGCGAUACUAGAGAAUGCCAAUGACAGUACGUCAGCCCAGUCCACUGCUUCUGCUAAGUCACUUUCCAGACACCCUAGACUCACCACCAUGACCGCUUUCCCCUCUGUUCUAACCACACCACCUGCAGCAACAGCCUUGUCUUCACAAGCGUCAGCUAAAGACCCAGCACCCAAAACCAGCGGAGAGGAGAAGCAGGCCAAGGGAAAUGCACAAAUGAAUUCCACCCUGAAGGAUGGGGUCAGCAAACUGGAACCUAUCUUCAUCGUUGUCCCCAAGGGGAAAGAGCAGAGAAUGAGGGAUGAGAAAGGCAGAAAAGUGCUACAGUGGAACUUCACUGCUCCCAGCAACAGGUACGUCAAGCAGCUGAAAGCUCAGAUGAGCAGUUGUGUGUCCAGCAGCUUCCAGGUGGAAAUGUUCCACUCCAGCUUCCCGCACCACAUCAAAGCCUUGGCCAUCAUGGCCAGGCACUUACAAACAGAGAAGGAAGGAGUUAUCAGCUGCCUGGACCUGAUCCUGAAAUGGCUCACCCUGCGUUUCUUUGACACCAACACAUGGGUGCUUAUCAAGAGCCUGGAUUACCUCAAUCUGCUGCUAACCUUGCUGGUCCAAGAAAAGUACCAGCUGAUGGACGAUGAGGCCUUUUCCUUCCUCCCAUACCUGAUCCUGAAGAUGGGGGAGCCAAGGCAAACUGUUCUUAAAUUGGUGCAUGUUGUCCUGAAGAGGAUGUGCCUGGUGUAUCCAGCUAAGAAGGUGUUUGGCUUUCUCAUGGAAGGCAUCAAGUCCAGUAACACUAAGCAGCAGGAAGGCUGCCUGGUGGAGAUGGGUUAUCUCCUUGAAACGUAUGGCCUGGAUGUAUGUUACCCAAACCCUAGCAAAGCCUUGAAGAGGAUAGCUGCCUUCCUUGGAGACCAAGACAGUGCUGUUCAUAGUGCUGCUCUAAACAUAAUGGUCACAGCUUGCAAAACUCAGGGGGAAGCCCUAUUCAAAAUGGUUAGGGAUCUUCCUGAAGAACGUAUGAGAAUGCUGGGACAAAUUGCAAAACAGGAACCUGGCAGGUCAAGGGCUUCUUCAGCAAAGUGUUUCAGUGAGCAAGCAAGCAGGCUGGUCUCCAGAAAAUAUAAUCGCUUUAGACUGAAGGAUAUUAUUCGGCUAGAAACGAUCCCUGAAUUCCAAACCCUGCCUAUCUCCUCAGACACUGAUGACACAUGUCAUAACAUGACCUUCACCAUUAAUUCCCUUAUUUGUCGCAUUAACAGUGGUGAUACUGACACCAGCAUCCAGGCAAUGAAAGAAAUUGAGGAGAUCAAGAAACUGGCUCAGGAGGCCUCAGUGGAAGUGCUUAAGGAUGUAAUGAACAAUCUCUUUACCUUAAUGCUAAACGUCCUGGACGGAGACGUAGAGGAAGAUCAGAAGCUCGUACAGUCCAUUAAUGUCCUCAUGAAGAGGGUAUUGGAAAAAUCUGACCAGACGAGGAUUUUUUGUGCCUUGCUGAAGCUGCUCCAAGGCAGCCUGACUGCUGAGGGCAGCCCAGAUAAGUUUUCUGACCUGCUGGUCAAGUGCCUGUGGAGGACCACAUGGCUUCUCCCAGGCACCAUCAGCACCAUCAACCUGGAUGAAAUCCUGCUGGAUGUCCACACGCUCAUGAAGGCUCUCUCAAAGGAAAAACUGAGGCAGUGCACAAACAAACUUCUGCUGUGGACCCUGAAAACUCUGCUGCACAACUUGUGCAAGCUGAAAGGAGUGAGGAUCCUGAACCACCUCACCCUGAUUGAGGACGCAGCUGGCUCCGAGGUGGAAGCUUACCUCCGAAAAACAGUCAGUCCUACUGCCAAGCAGGGGGCUAAUGAAACAGCUGUAGGAGCGGGGGAGGAGGUCCCCUGGGCAGCUCGCAGGGUUGCAAAGGACAAAGCAGGUAAUCUUUUAGAGAGCAUCUUCUAAAAAAUUUGCUUCAAGAAGAGUUUGAGAGAGGGUCUACGGGAGUUAUAUGAAUGUAGGAAAAAAUGGCCCGAAGGAAAGUUGGAGUCUUUCCUGGACAACCUCUCCCUCUUCUUGCAGAGCUAUGUGAAGCAAAGCCUGGCCAUCAUCUGGACAGAACAGGACAUGAGAGAGCAUCUUCCUCCUUCUCCCUUGGGGAUGUACCCUGAGAAGAGCAAAGAGUGA